AUGAAGAAAUCGGCUAGCACCACUUCCAAUUCUUCGGAACCAGCAGCUAAGAAACACAAACCAAACGAUACGCCACCGAAACAAACAGUAGAUAAGGGUGAUGGUGGUGGUCACGAAGACUAUGUGGCACUGUUCAAGGCAGAUCGUAAAGCGACCGCAAAAUCGAUACUGGAUUUUGAUUUUAGCAAGAAACGUGUUCGCAUUCUCUCGGACGCCAAAAGCGUUGAGGAUGGCAAGUGUGGCGUGCUGUACUGGAUGUCCCGUGACGUUCGGGUGCAGGAUAAUUGGGCGUUCCUUUUCGCCCAAAAGUUGGCCCUGAAGAACGAUUUGCCGCUGCACGUUUGCUUUAAUUUGGUGCCGAAAUUUCUGGACGCCACCAUUCGCCAUUUCAAGUUCAUGCUGAAGGGCCUGGAAGAGGUGGCCGACGAGUGCCGCAAGCUUAAUAUUCAGUUUCAUCUGCUGCGCGGUAAUGCCGGCGAUAAUGUGCCGGCAUUCGUCAAGAAGCACAAGAUCGGUGGGGUAGUGUGUGAUUUUAGCCCGCUGCGUGUACCGAUGAAGUGGGUUGACGAUGUAAGGCAGGCACUCCCUGUGGAGGUGCCACUGUGUCAGGUUGAUGCGCACAACAUUGUGCCGGUGUGGGUGACGUCGGACAAGCUGGAGUAUGCGGCCCGUACGAUACGGAACAAGGUGAACAACAAUCUUCCCACGUACCUGACACCAUUUCCACCGUUAGUGAAGCAUCCGUUUGCGGCCAAAUUUGAGGCUGAACCAAUAAAUUGGACCAAAGUGCUGGAUACGCUGCAGGUUGACCGAUCCGUGGAUGCUGUUGAAUGGGCCACGCCGGGCUACGUCGGUGGUGUGAAAACGCUGCAAAGCUUCGUGGAAAAGCGUUUGGGCAAGUUUAACGACAAGCGUAACGAUCCGACCGAGAACGCACUGUCGAAUCUAUCGCCUUGGUUUCACUUCGGCCAGAUCUCGGUUCAGCGGGCCAUUCUGACCGUGAAAAAGUUUGGAAAACGGUACAGCGAAAGUGUUGCAUCCUUCUGCGAGGAAGCGAUCGUUCGCCGCGAGCUGUCGGACAAUUUCUGUUUCCAUAACAAAAAUUACGACAAUCUGAAGGGCGCUUACGAUUGGGCCCGCAAAACGUUGGACGAUCAUCGGAAAGAUAAACGGGUGUAUUGCUACACUAGGGAGGAGCUCGAAACGGCCAAAACGCACGAUGAUUUGUGGAACUCGGCACAGCUUCAGAUGGUGAAGGAGGGUAAGAUGCAUGGCUUCUUACGAAUGUACUGGGCCAAAAAGAUACUGGAGUGGACCAAAUCGCCAGAGGAAGCGCUUGAAACGGCCAUCUAUCUGAACGACCGGUACAGUCUGGAUGGGCGCGAUCCGAACGGGUACGUCGGUUGCAUGUGGUCGAUCGCAGGAAUUCACGAUCAAGGGUGGAAAGAGCGUGAGAUUUUCGGAAAGAUUCGGUACAUGAACUAUGAGGGAUGUAAGCGCAAAUUUAACGUCAACGCGUUUGUGGUGCGUCACGGAGGCAAAGUCCAUCGUCGCAAGUGAA